AGUGUUAAUCAUGGCGUUGCCGUGGCGGGGGGCUGUCGCUCUCUGCCCCAUUCCCACCCCGAAAACCCACCUGUAAACACAGCCGAGCCGACGAGAAGCUGUUAAAAAGUAAAAAAAGAAGAAAAAAAGACAUUAUGAUGUUACCGCACAGACAGCAUCUACUCUGAGAAACUGUGAAACUACUGGAUUUGUCGCCCGGAGCGCUUUUGCCAUGUCUUUACUCUGUGUGAGAGUGAAAAAAGCCAAGCUCCAAGGACCUCCAGACAAAUUCAACACCUAUGUGACACUGAAGGUGCAGAAUGUCAAAAGCACAACAAUCACUGUGCGGGGGGACCAGCCAUGUUGGGAACAGGACUUCAUGUUUGAGAUCAACCGGCUGGAUCUUGGCCUUAUUGUAGAAGUGUGGAACAAAGGCCUCAUUUGGGACACCAUGGUGGGGACGGCCUGGAUCCCCCUCAAGAGUAUCCGACAGUCAGAGGAGGAAGGGUUAGGUGAGUGGACCUUUCUGGAUGCGGAGGUCCUGAUGAAGGCCGAUGAGAUUUAUGGCACCAAGAACCCAACGCCUCACCGGGUCCUGCUGGACACUCGCUUUGAGCUGCCUUUUGACAUCCCAGAUGAUGAGGCACAGUACUGGACAGGCAAGCUGGAGCGCAUCAAUACCAUGAGGAUCCAUGAUGAGUACCCUGUUCAGGAUGACGUUCAGAAUCGCCCACUGCCGUUUGCUGCUUCUCAGUGCUCACUGGAUGACCAGGACAGUGCUGUGGAUGACCGGGAUAGCGACUACCGCAGUGAGACCAGCAACAGUCUGCCCCCACGUUAUCACACCACAUCUCAGCCUAACUCCUCCAUGCACCAGUACCCCAUGGGACCCCGGCUACAACACCACCUAGACUCCUGCACAGACUCUGUCCACAGUUUUGACAUGGAUUACAGGGAUCAGAGAGGGAGCAGAUCCUUAAACCAGAAAGGCAGGGUCAGGAUCAUCCCUGUAGAUUCUGGCAUGGGGGUAGAUGAUUGGGAAAACAAAUUCAAAGUUCAGGGCAAGCCUCAGUUGAGUGAUUUCUUUGAUGAUGAGGAUGACAAAGUUAUCCUUCGAAUGGCGAGAGCAGGCACUGAGCCAUCAUGCAGUGCUGUCAGUCAAAAUACUCAACGUAGCGGCAUCCCGCCUGCCACCUACCCUGAGGGUUAUGACACUAUUGAUCGGCGGAGAAAGAAAAAGAUAAGGGACCCAGGAGGGUUGGUCAGCAAAGAGGCAGAAAAAAUCAGAGAUGAGCCUUUCCCCCCUGACCUUGCACUCUUACGCCAAAAGAGAGGGGAGCUAGUUAUGCGGCAGGUAGCAGAGAUUCAGGAAGAUGAGGAGAAUAUGACACCAUGCCUAAGGCCAUACAAGAAUGGGCUUCUCUACAAGACAAGAAUGUGGGCUAAAAAUGAACUAGAGAACACACUGGAGAAUUAUGUGGCAUACAAGGAAGAGGAAGCCGCCAGGCUGAGGGCAAGGUUUGAUUUUGAUGAAGAGGGUUCUGAGGAGCUACACUACCCUAUAGGAGCAGAGGACAAUAUUGAUGACAUUGCCUUUUUAGCAGAGGACUUUCACUCUGAGAAUGUAAGAGGUCAUGGCAAAGACAGGUAUUCUUUGUCUUAUGGUUGCCACAUAGAGAAUCCUCAGGGUUUCCGUGAUAAAAAGUCUGGAAAAGGUAAAAUUGGAGGAUGGGCUCCAGAGGCAAUGCUUUCUCCAGUGGAGGAGCCAAGUGAUGAAUAUGUAGACCCUAUGGAUGAGCUCCAGUGUCUAGUUGAAACAGUUUCUGAAUAUCUUGCGGAAAAAGAGGAGGAAAUAAGCAAGUAUGGUUCCCUUCCUAAAUCAACCAAAUCCAGGCUAUCAUCUCAGGGCAGCAACAGAACAGAUUCCCUCGGCGAGGAUCAAAACAGUUCAUCAAAGGAUAUUAGAGGGGAAGCCCAAUCACAGAUUCCCUCUGAUCAGGGUAUUUCAGGGGUGAAAAAUGCUGUUAGCUCCUUAUUUAGUUCCUUCACUGACAAAGUUGGUGCAGGUCCCAAACAGCCUGGUUCCUCAGUGCCAUCACCUUCUCCACAACCCUCACAAUCUGGAAUAUCAAAACUAUUCUCCUUCAUCCCUAAAUCAACCAGCUCAGCUCCUGUAGCUGUGGUAUCUCCAGUAGAAACUUACCCAGAAAAAUCAUUCAGUUCUUUGCCUUCUCAGUCUCCACUUGAUGCUAAAACACAAGGUCAUAAUCAAGAAGCAAAAACUCCCUUAAGAACAUCUGCUUCAACAAAUGCCAGUGAAAAACUGCCAGAGUUUGCAACAAAACCUCCAACUGCUACUGGAAACUCUGUUUUGGGGAAAUUAAAUCCUUUAAAACUUUUUUCAGGGCAAGAUAUUGGGAGCUCAGCUGAGUGCAGACAACCCUCUUUAACAACUUUCUCUCAAGAUAAUGCACAUUGUGAUGAGAAAUAUUUACAUCAAGGUGAACAAGUGAUGGCGGCUAGAGGGGGUAAAAACUCUGAAAAAGCAAGGAGUUCAUCACAGUAUAAUUGUUUAGAACAAAAUCAGGAGAAAGAUGUGCUUGGGAGACAUAAUCCUUUGAUUUACACGCAAGGAAAUGUGCCUGCACCAGGGCCAGGAAGGCCAACUGGCCAAACAGAACCAGAGAACUCAGGCUUCUUUAGCCCUUUUAAGAAGUCAUUAAGCUCACUGAUCACACCUGUUGCGCCUGUGCUACCUCAGGGACCUCCCCCUGUCGCAGUGUAUCCUGUGUUUAGGUCCACAGAGGAUGUAAGCCUAGAGAAAUCAGUGGAGGAGCCUUCACUGAGUAGUAAACUCAAACUCCCUUUCCUCUCCUCUGAAAAUGUCUCUGCUCAACAACCUCCCAAAACAGAAGGAGGAAUGCUAUCUGGCCUCUUAAAAUUUGCAUCCAGUGAAGAUGUUAAUUCUUCCAAAAAUACACAGAAUCCUGUGCAAUCAUAUAAUGCUUCACCUUCAGCAACAGCAAUUUCCACCUCCUUGCCACCAAAUCACCCUUCAGCUCAGGGAAACACAGAGUCAGGGUGGUUCUCUAGCAUAUUUAGUCAUACUCCAUCUGCCUCUGGUUCAAACCAGAAUCUUGUCAGCAGUCAACAGCAAACUCAGAGGAGUCAAGGGCCAUCUGGCUCACAUCCACAAGACACAUCAAAUCAGCCAACAUCAACACAUCAUGGGAUGUCGCAUCAAGCCCCCCACCUGCCUGAAUCACAAGGUUUUUUAACCGGUCUUUUUAAGGGGAGCUCCACUGAGGAUAUAUCCCGUAUGGGCUCUAAUCAACCUCAGCAAGGAGGGCUACUGUCUGGGCUUCUCAAAUUUGGUUCUGCAGGUGACCUAUCUAGCAAUUUGCCACAGCAGGCUCCCUCUAGCAAUCAACCACCGAGGGCCAAUAAUGCCCCACAGUUCCCUCGUCAUCCUCCCCCACAACAAAAUGCCCCAGCUACUCAGACAGGGGGCAUUCUCUCAGGGCUGUUUAAGUUUUCAUCAACAGAACAUAUAUCACCAAAUGUACAGCCUCCCUCAGCACCACUGCAGAAGAACCUCCAUAGCAAUUACCCAGGUCAGCAACAGAUUUCAAAUCCAUCUCAGCAAACACAACCUCAACAAGGGGGGCUGUUCUCUGGCUUGCUGAAGUUAACAUCUUCUGAAAAUGUCUCAAACAGCCAAACAAUUCAACUCCAACAGGGACAAAGCAGUGUUCAGCAUAAUGAAGAGAGUUUCAACCAGCAGAAUACUCAGUGUCCAAACCGAGGGCCCCAUCUCAGGAACAGAUCACCUAUUCAGCAAGCAGAUCAGCAACAGAGCAAUAGACCAGGUUUUCUUCGACAACAAACAGUUCCACUCCAGCAACAGCCAUCUCAGCAAGGUGGCCUUGUGUCUGGCCUUUUUAAGUUUGCUUCAGCAGAUGAUGUAAACACCAAGCAGUACCCAUCAACUCAGCAACAUGGGAUUUCCCCAAGUAGAUCUAGCCAGGAGCAACCGAGGGCAAAAAAUAUCCCAACUCCAAGCCAAAAUCUAUUACAAAAUACUUCAACACAAAAUCCAUCUCCAGCAAGUGGUCUACUUUCGGGACUUUUUAAAUCAUCCUCAGAAAAUAUGCCCCAACAGCAGCAGCCAGAAAUCACUGAGAGCCAACAACAGAUCAAACCGCCAAAUAGUCAGACUGCUCAGGCACAGCAGGAGACUGCAAAUCAAUCUGGAGUAUUCUCAGGGUUGUUUAACAAGUUAACAAAAUCAUCUGAGAAUGAUGAGACUAGCUCCCAGACAUCAACAGGAAAAUCGCUGCAUCAGAGAGACAAUACAAACACAGUAACAAGACAGACGCCACUGCAAACACCAUCACAUAGCAAUGUAGUGCAACAAGAACAGAAUGUGGAGAUAGAGAAGAAGACUUCUCAGCCUGCCCAGCAAGGGUUUUUAUCUGGAUUGUUCCCCAGAAGGACAACAACAGAGGAACCCCAUAGUCAUAAACAAGCAGACACUAGGUCUCAGAUUACAGAGCAUUGUACACUAUCUAAUUCCACAAAGUUGCAUUCAGGUGUAAUAAACUCCAGGCCAAAUGCCACUGCAGAAAGUACUACUUCUGAUUUCAAAAAGGACAAUAACCAAAGACUUGCUCCAGAUUAUCUUACUCCAGGUCAGAGCAGACAUGCUUUCUAUAGUGCACCUGUCUCAAUUGAUACUGAAAGCUUAGACUUGAGAACAUCAGCUACUUUCACAAGGUCUCUUCAGAGUCAAGCAGCAUCCUCUUCCAUUAGCACGGGCAAUUUAUCUCAGUUAUCAUACUAUCAUGGUUCACUUCAGUCAGUUCACCCCAUGGCUUAUAGUACAGAUAAUAUCCAUUCCCUUUUACACAGCCAUUCAAAUUCUUCAGUUAUGCCCAUGCAGCCAUUUAUUGGUGGAAGCAGUCCUUCGAUAUAUCAAGUAACCAGGCCAGAUCUUUACCAAGGUCAGUUGGCCUCUUACAGAAUAAGUCCUACUUAUGAUGAAAACCAGUGGAUCCAAGAAUCUAUUCUGUGGCAGCAUUUUCAGAAUGAGUUGCAGAAUUAUCAACAGCAGGGAGAGGGUCAAGGGUACAGACAGUAUGAAGGUGCAAGAUUCUUACAGGACCCUUCUCUUCACUGUAGCACUUCAAAUAUCAAUCAGCAGUAUAGCUCUGCAAGACCAUGGCAAGGUACUAUUUGUCACCAAGACCAAAGUGGAUCAUAUGAAUUUGAGGGACAUGGAAAUUUUAACAGCGACCCAUAUCCCAAGAAGAAAUUAUGGAGCAGCUCUGAUGACUUGGGAAACUUACAAUAUUCAAGUAAAGAGGAGGGUGCAUUGAACUUAACUACCAAACAAAGUAAUGCCAAGUUUGGGAAAUGGAAUUCAUUUAAUGAUGGUAGCUGUUACAGCUUGAGUGGUGUUUCAUAUCAUGAAGGUUAUUAUGAGGAGAAUGCACCAAGCUUAUCUUAUUCAGCCAAUUGGCAGUAUGGAAUGAAUAAUCUUCAUACUGAUGGCAUAAAUCAUCAAAGCCAGUCCAAUUUGAAUAAACCAGUAGAUCCAAAUUACCCUAAAAAUGUUAAUAGUGAGAUAGAAGAUUUCAUGUAUCUUGAAGACACAGAGUGGUACCAACAAUGGCUUGCACUAUUGGAGCAAGGUAUGUGGUGGCCAGCAGAAGAUGGUGAUUGUGGCUACUUUGUUUACACAGACCAUGAAUACAUUUACGCCUUGCUUACAGAUGCAGCAGGUGAAUAUGUAUAUGCUUGUGCACCUGAAGGUGAGCGGUGGGAAAAUGUCCAGCAGUUAGAUAGUUUCCCUAGUGCUUGGCUGCACAAUGAGAUGGUUACAGUAUGUGGUUUUAAAGUCCCACUAUACAAUGAGGAUGAGCUUCUUUGGCUCCCUGGCCAAGAUUGUAGUGAUUCUCAGCUUCUUAAUGCCCCCCUUGACUUAUCUGCUGCCUAUAGAAAAGGAAACCAAAUUAUGAAUUUGAAUCUGGAACGUUUCUUCCAAAUGUUUGAAAACUCUUUCCAGUGUCAGGGAGAAGAUGCAGCAGAUUUUACAUCUUACAGAUUAAACAAAGUCAGGAUGGAUCCAAGGCAGCCCAGUUAUGUCUAUCAAGACCCGUACACAGAGGUUAUUGACCUUUCAUGCCAUAGUAAAGACCACACUGGCCCUUAUUGGAACAACCCACAAAUUAAGACACUUCUUGCUCAAAAGGUUGCUGUUUCCCUCAACUCUACCCCAACUGCAAAUUCCAAUCAGCAAAUACUUUAUAAUUGUUACCAGCCUAGGCAAAGGCGACGUUCAUCCACUGGAGUUACAGUGAAGCACGUUGAUGACAUAUCAGAGGAUGAAUGGAGAAAGAGAGUGGCUCCUGGAGAACAGCAGCCUAAUCGUCAAGGCAAGAUCUCUUCUCUCAUAUCCUCCUUUGUGGGCAAGACUUCACAAUCAGACUCAAACAAAACUGGCAAAACCUCCCAGUAUCAACAGAGAUCACCUACGACUGAAACUCCUGAUCAGCAUGCUAAGAAUAUUCUCGCAUCAGGUCUCCAGAGUCUUAAGUCAAAGAUCAUCAAGGAAGAAUCCCCUGCUGUUAUAACUCAGCCAGAGAGUGUUGCACAGCAAAUGCAAAGACCAAGCAAAACUCAGUCAAGAGUUUUGCCUACACCACCAAGUGCUCAAAUGAGUCAGUCCUCAGUACAAUCAGAUACAACUUCACAGAAACCUAGACUUCCACGUCAGACUACUAUGUCACAACAGGCAACCCCACCAACACAGUCCACUGUCACUAAGCCAGUGGGAGCAAAAGAAUCUCAAGCUAAAUCUGGAUCACCUACACAGCCGGCGGUUGAUAAGCCAGCCGAAAAACCAGUGGAAAAACCAACUGAACAACCACAGGCAGGCUUCAUGAGCUUUCUCAAAUCUGCAGUAGGAAAGGAGGAACCCAAGCCAGAGCCCCAGAAGUCUCCUCAGACACCUUUGAAUCAGCAGAGUAAAACUGGCAGCACUGCUUCCCUACCUGGCAAUACAGCGCCAAACAAAGAGGCUACAGGAGUAGCAAAUCUCUUUGGAUCUAUAGGGAGUCUCUUUAGUGCUGAUUCCUCCCCACCACAGCAACAGCAAUCAAAGCCGAGUGUUACAGCGAGUUCACAGGCAUCAGCACCUAGACCAAAGGGUAUACACAGGCAACAAACAAUGGACCAAAGUGUUGCUUCUCGGCCUGGUCAAAGUCUUCCCCCCGGGAAAAAUAUGUCACAAGUAAUUCCCCCCAAUUCUGCCCCAGGCCCUGCUCUAGACCAUUCGCAAACUGUGCCUCCAACAGGACAGUCUAAAGAGGAAGCAGGAUCUAAACCGUCUGGUGGACUAUUUGGUUUUUCUAUUGGAGAAAUACUAUCAGGAUCAACUUCACCUGCCCAGCCUGGGCCCGGACAACAAACACCUGCACCUGCCACAGCCUCACAAGCUGCACAAGAGGAGUCUCUUGGUAAAAGUUUAUUAUCAAUGUUCAGUGGACCAAGUCCUGCACAGGCUGCACCUAAAGGGCCCUCCUCUCAAGCAACUUCAAGUGCAGCUCCACAACCUCCUCAACAGGAAUCACUUGGUAAAAGUUUAUUGUCAAUGUUUGGAAGCCCAAGUCCUCAGCCUUCUCAAACCAAGCCUACCAAUCAGGUGCCUCCACAAGGAAGUGAUGCCUCAAAAGAGCCCCCAAGUAUUGGGUUUCUCUCUAUGUUUGGUGCUCCUAGCUCCCAACAAUCUCAAACCCAAACAGGAUCUAUCCUAGGGGGGAUUCUGCCUGGGUCAUCUAGUUCAACUGAAAGCCCAGCAAAAGGGCUGUUGUCAAUGUUUAGUAGUUCACCACAACCACCACAACCACAACCUUCACCACAGUCUCAACCACAGGGUGCAGCUCAAUCACAAAGUCAGCCACAAAGGACACCUCAGUUGCAGUCUAAACCACAAGCACAGCCUCAAGCACAAGGGCUGCCAGCCAGCUCUGUUCUUGGGGGGAUAUUGGGUGGCUUGUCUACCUCUAGUGAAAGUCCAGGAAAAGGUUUGUUAUCCAUGUUUGGAGGUCCCAGCACUCCACAAACACCAGCAGCAGGUGGUAAUGCAAGUAUGUCUACUACCACAGGAACUGCAGCACCUAAGGAACCUGCCAAGAGUAUAUUGUCUAUUUUUAGUGGUCCCAUGUCACCACCACAACAACAAAGUGCAUCUUCUAUCUCUGUAUCUGGCACUGCUGCUCCUGUCAAAGAGCCACCAACUACAAGUCUUGUUGCUUCUACUUUACAAGACCCCUCCCAAGUGUCAUCUGUUUCCAGUAGCUGUGCGAAAGGGUCAUCAGCUACUGAUGAAAUUUCAAGUGAACCGUCAACCUUGAGUAAAGCAUGUUCUCAGUCCAGUGAACCACAUGCUAGCCCAUCUACUCAGACCACUGCGACCACUACAUCAUCCUCUGAAGAUCAAACCACAGUUCAAGCAGUUGAUAAGUCAACCACAGAACCAAAAUCAGAAUGUGCCACUGUACAAAAAGAAGCUGGCUCAGAAGACACACCUCAAGGCCCCACUGCCCCUAAAGAACCACCAGCAUCAGGCUUGGUGUCUAUGUUCAGUGGACCAGCUUUACAACCUCCAUCCUCACAAGCUGGAUCUAUUUUAGAAGGACCAGGAAAGGGUUUGCUUUCAAUGUUUUCUGGACCAUCUACUGAGCCUAGUGUUAGUCAGGCAGGGCCUCCACCUGGAGAGUCUGCACCUGGAUCAUCAGCCAAAGGUUUGCUUUCCAUGUUGGGAGGUUCUUCCCCUCAGGCUUCUACUCAGACUGGAGGUUCUAUACUAGGAGGUAUAUUUGGAGGGGCUUCCCCUCAGACAGGAGCUACUCAAACAGCAGGAUCAAUACUCGGUGGUUUAUUUGGGGGGUCUGCACCCCAAGUUUCUCCUCAAGCCACCACCACUGCCACUGGAGGCUCUACUACCCAGACAACAGCACCUCAAACAGGGGGAUCAUUAUUAGGAGGUUUAUUUGGUGGGUCUGCUCCCCAGUCUGUUGGUUCUCAGUCUGCAGGAUCCAUUUUGGGUGGAGUGUUUGGAGGAUCUGUGUCAUCAACUACAGCAUCUAGUGGAUCAUUGUUAGGUGGAAUGUUUGGAGGGGCUGCUUCCCAAACUGCUGCAACCCAACCCGGUGGCUCAAUUCUGGGAGGUAUUUUUGGAGUGUCUCCCUCUCAGCCAGCUGCCCCACAGACUGGUGCAUCUUCAUUGGGUGGCGUUUCACCAGGAGCUUCUGCCACUAAGGAGACCCCUAGAAAAGGUUCUAUGUCUGGAGGGUCAGCUGCACCUGCAACCCCUAUUGCAACAGAUUUGCCAAAACUCACUGAUGACAGCACAAAAACAGCAACAGUUCUCCCAGUUACUUCUUCUGUUGAUACUGCUCCAAAAGACAAAGAGCAGGAAGAAACACCAAAGCAGCCCGAUGGUACAGUUCAGCAUCUAGAGUCAGGUGCCCCCAAAACUGAUGACAUGGCAGUCGUAGAAGUACAAAGCCAGCAUACAGAAACACCACUCACAAUCAGUGACAGUCAGCCCAAAGAAGCUGAAAUUCCUACAGCAUCUGAGGAACUGGCAAAACCAGAUGUACCAGUUAAUGAUCAGUUUUCUCAAAAUAAGAUGCCACCCAAGACUGAAGGGUCAACACCAGCUAGUCAGUCAGCAGCUCCCAGUUUACAGGGAGAGCAAAAGCCUCCAGAGCCAGAAAAAUCAGUUAUAGACUCAUCAGCAGAUGCAGUCUCUGGGUUUGUGUCCUCACUUUUCAAACCAGCAACUGCUGGAACAACAUCCCAAGCUGCUGGCCCACAGACAGGAGGGUCGAUUCUAGGGAGUAUUUUUGGAGGGUCCAGUACCCAGAUGGCAGCUCCUCAAACAGGGGGAUCAUUACUAGGAGGUUUAUUUGGAGGAUCUGCUCCCCAGGCUGCUUCUCAAACCACUGCCCCCCCAACUGGAGGGUCAAUAUUGGGUGGAAUGUUUGGAGGUGGGUCCGCUCCCAAGUUUGCAGGUCCCCAGACGGGUGGAUCAUUACUGGGUGGGAUGUUUGGACCAUCUGUUGCGUCAAAUGCAGCAGCUCAGACUGGUGGCUCUUUAUUGGGUGGAAUGUUUGGAGGAGCCGCCAACCAGAGUGCAGGACCACAGGCUGGGACAUCAGUAAUAGGGGGUAUAGGUGGAUCUUUAUUUGGGGGCAUGGGACAAGCACCUAAGCCAUCUGAAUCCAAGCCAGCUGAACCCAAGCCAGCACAUGGCACUAAGCCACAACCGCAGCUUAAGAGCAUGGAUGUGGUACAAAACACAGGUGCUAGUGGUACUGAGAACAGUGAAACUAAAAUAGGCUUAGUUGACUCAAGUGUACCUGAUAAAGGGCAAGUAACAUCUGACAGCCAAACAGAAAGUAGUGUAGUGACAACUAAUGGGGGGGAAUCUCAACCAGUUUCUACUGUCACAAGUGCUACCAUAAGCACUACAAGCGACCUGAGCCAUCAAGUAGAUAACACUGAAAAACAAAAGGUGGCUCUUGAGGGAGAGGUGAUACAUGAGAAACCCAUAACAAUUAAAGGAGAACCUGAAAGCAACAAUGCUGAUAAAUCAAUCCCACCAGAUACCCAGAAACCAGAUGCACAGAAAACUCCCCCAGCUGAUCAACCGGAACCACCUCAAGCUAAGUCCUUGUUUGGUUUGAUGGCAACACCAAAUGAUGCAGGGAAAUCUCUUGGAUCUCUGUUUUCAUCCCCAUCAACAAUUUCCUCUGGUGUUCCUUCAAUGCCUCAAACAGAAGGAGCUAGUGCUCUGUUUUCAGGACUCAAAACACUAUCUGCAGGCUUGUUUCAAGAAGAAAAUUCUGUUGCAGAAAAACAGGAGUCACCUACCCCUUCAUUAUUUGGGGCAAAAUUAGGAUUCCCGUGGCAGACACAGCCGCCCAAGCCACAAGCUGCCGAAGCCAUAACAUGCCAGCCCAAAACCAGCGACAAGCCAACAAGUGAUCAAACACAAACUGUAGAAAAGGGUGCAACAUCUGAUGUCCAAAAAAAGGACUCGGUAGGUUCCAUGGAUGUAGCAAACCCCCAGAUUUGCAUCUCCACUCCUGAAAUAGAUCCUACAGCAUCCCUGCCCCAAAAGGAGAAGGAAAGCCUUGUAGAAACAUACCCCUCUGCAGGUCCCACUUCUGGAGUGCAGCUGGACAACCAGUCCAAGAAGGAUCUGUUGAGUGCGAAAAGUCCAGUGGAAAGUAGUCGCUUUGGGUCAUCAGGAAACUUGAGCGAGACCAGCUCCCAGCUUAGUGAAACUGGCCAGGAGAGCACUGGGGGAUCAGAGCUGGAGGAGUCCUUCCACUCCUACCACAGUACUGGGUUUCACCCUUCCACUAAUGGGCAACCACGCACAAAUGGACAUCAUCCCACCAAUGGACACUCCAUGGUCGCAGGGGAGGAGAUCCGUAGGCUGUCAGUUGAUCCACAAGGCUUAACUAGCUCCAUGAAAGGUGACACACCAGUUGAGAGAAGGUCCACUAAACUCCAAAGGUUCCAUGAUGAUGGACCACCAUUGCCCUUCACUCCAUCCAGAGUUCGCUGGUUGAAGGCCAUCAAUAAAGUCAGGGUUCAACUCCGGGAGGUACGAGAUGAAGAACCUAAUUCCAGACAGGCCUGGGUCGAACCAGGUGGUGGAUCUGGUCUGUAUGGAAUUGACAGCAUGCCAGACCUGCGUAAAAAGAAGCCUAUCCCCUUGGUCAGCGAUGUGGCUAUGUCACUGGUCCAAGCCAGGAAGGCAGGGAUCGCUUCUGCAAUGGCUGCACGCUCCUCAAUCAAAGACGAGGAGUUGAAAAACCAUGUGUACAAGAAGACCUUACAGGCUCUCAUCUACCCCAUAUCUUGCACCACACCACAUAACUUUGAGGUGUGGACGGCCACUACACCCACCUACUGCUAUGAGUGUGAGGGGCUGCUGUGGGGGAUCGCCCGCCAAGGAAUGCGUUGCUCAGAGUGCGGGGUGAAAUGCCAUGAGAAGUGUCAAGAGCUGCUGAAUGCAGACUGUCUGCAGCGUGCUGCGGAGAAGAGCUCCAAGCAUGGAGCUGAAGACCGGACCCAAAAUAUCAUCAUGGCCAUGAAAGACAGGAUGAAGAUCAGGGAGAGGAACAAACCAGAGAUCUUUGAUGUCAUCAGGGAUGUGUUUGUGAUUAGCAAAGCCAUCCAUGCUCAGCAGAUGAAGACCAUUAAACAGAGUGUACUGGAUGGUACCUCCAAGUGGUCCGCCAAGAUCACAAUCACAGUCUUUUGUGCCCAAGGUCUUCAGGCGAAAGACAAGACUGGGUCCAGCGAUCCCUAUGUCACCGUCCAGGUGGGAAAGACCAAGAAAAGAACCAAGACCAUUUAUGGGAACCUCAAUCCUGUCUGGGAGGAAAAGUUUCACUUCGAGUGCCACAACUCCUCAGACCGAAUCAAAGUACGUGUGUGGGAUGAGGAUGAUGACAUCAAGUCUAGGGUGAAGCAGCGUCUCAAGAGGGAGUCUGAUGAUUUCCUGGGUCAGAGUAUUAUCGAAGUUCGAACACUGAGUGGAGAGAUGGAUGUCUGGUACAACCUGGAGAAGAGAACUGACAAGUCAGCUGUGUCAGGUGCCAUUCGCCUCCAAAUCAGCGUGGAGAUCAAAGGAGAGGAGAAAGUGGCCCCCUACCAUGUCCAGUACACUUGUUUGCAUGAGAACCUAUUCCACCAUUCAACUGAUGUCCUGGGCCAGGGUGUGGUGAAAAUCCCUGAGGCUCGCGGCGACGAUGCAUGGAAAGUCUACUUCGACGAUGUGGCACAGGAAAUAGUGGACGAGUUUGCCAUGCGCUACGGGAUUGAGUCCAUCUACCAGGCUAUGACGCACUUUGCCUGUCUGUCUUCUAAGUACAUGUGUCCCGGGGUUCCUGCGGUGAUGAGCACCCUGCUGGCCAAUAUCAAUGCCUUCUACGCCCACACAACCGCCUCCACCAAUGUGUCCGCCUCCGACCGCUUUGCUGCCUCCAACUUUGGGAAAGAGCGCUUUGUCAAGCUCUUGGACCAGCUACACAAUUCCUUGCGCAUUGACCUUUCUACUUAUAGGAACCACUUCCCUGCCAGCAGUAAGGACCGCCUUCAGGACUUGAAAUCCACUGUGGACCUUCUAACCAGCAUCACCUUCUUCAGGAUGAAGGUGCAGGAGUUACAGUCUCCACCCAGAGCUAGCCAGGUGGUGAGGGACUGUGUCAAGGCCUGCCUCAACUCUACCUACGAUUACAUCUUCAAUAACUGCCAUGAGCUGUACAGCAGACAGUACCAACCUGUGGACACGAACAAGGAGGAGCUCUCGCUGGAGGAACAGGGUCCAAGCAUCAAGAACCUGGACUUCUGGCCCAAACUCAUCACGCUCAUUGUCUCCAUCAUUGAAGAGGACAGGAACUCCUACACGCCUGUUCUGAACCAGUUUCCUCAAGAGCUGAACGUAGGGAAGGUGUCCGCAGAGGUUAUGUGGACGUUGUUUGCACAAGACAUGAAGUACGGUAUGGAAGAGCAUGAGAAGCACAGGCUGUGUAAGAGCGCUGAUUACAUGAACCUGCACUUCAAGGUCAAGUGGCUCUACAAUGAAUAUGUCAAGGAGCUGCCGAGCUUUAAGGGUGUUGUCCCCGACUACCCGUCAUGGUUCUUACAGUUUGUGCUACAGUGGCUGGAUGAAAAUGAAGAUGUGUCCAUGGAGUUUAUGCAUGGAGCCCUAGAGAGAGACAAAAAAGAUGGAUUCCAGCAGACGUCGGAGCAUGCCUUGUUCUCCUGCUCCGUGGUGGACAUCUUCACCCAGCUCAACCAGAGCUUUGAAAUCAUCAAGAAACUGGAGUGCCCUGACCCGAACGUCAUGGCUCAGUACAGCCGCCGAUUCUCCAAGACCAUUGCCAAAGUUCUUCUGCAGUACAGUGCCAUUUUGACCAAGAGCUUUCCUACCUACAUUGACAAAGAGAAGAUUCCCUGCGUCCUGAUGAACAAUGUGCAGCAGCUAAGAAUCCAGCUGGAGAAGAUGUUUGAGUCCAUGGGUGCCAAACAGGUUGCUAUACAGGAAGCAAUGCAAGAUGAACUGGUGGAGGAGGAGGAGGAGGAAGGAGAGGAGCAGGCCAAAACUGCGGAUGAGGAGGCAAAGACUCUGCCUGACAAUAGAAAGCUAGCAUGGCAGACUGACACAGAGAAGAUGGAUACACCAGUAGAUCAGUCUAAAAAUGCAAAUGGAGAGAAAAAGGAGGAACUGACUGUUAAAAAGAUGGACACAGAGGCCAGUGACUUACUCAGUGAUCUGCAAGUCAAGCUGAACAAUGUGCUGGAUGAACUGAGCAGUACAUUUGGGAACAGUUUCCAGAACCGUAUCAAUGACUGUAUGAGACAGAUGGCCUCUCUGCUGUACCAGAUCAAAGGACAAAUCAACGCCAGCAACAAAAACCAGGUGGAGGCCGACUCUGACAACAUGCUGCGGCCUCUCAUGGAUUUCCUGGAUGGAAAGCUGACGCUGUUUGCCACCGUCUGUGAGAAGACAGUUUUGAAGCGCGUCCUAAAGGAGCUGUGGAGGAUUGUAAUGAGCAGCUUGGAGAAGACCAUUGUCCUGCCGCAGGGCAACGACACCUUUGGAGCACAAAUCCUCUCAGCAGCCAAAGAACUGGGUCAGCUUUCCAAACUCAAGGAUCAUAUGGCAGGGGAGGCCAAGAGCCUGUCCCCCAGACAGUGUGCUGUCAUGGAUGUGGCACUGGACACUAUCAAGCAAUACUUCCAUGCAGGAGGCAACGGGCUGAAGAAGGCUUUCCUGGAGAAGAGUCCUGAGCUGUCCUCUCUUCGCCACGCUCUGUCGCUCUACACUCAGAGCACAGACACACUCAUCAAAACCUUUGUAACCAGUCAGCAUUCACAAGUGCACAAUGGAAAGGGUAUUAGGUUUACACCCAAUGAAAAAAUACUGCCCAGCAGGGGCUCUGCGGUGGACAAGCCAAUAGGUGAGGUAUCCAUCCAGAUUGACCUUCACACCCAUCCUGGGAAUGGAGAGCGCAAAGUUACUGUCAAAGUUGUGGGAGCCAAUGAUUUAAAAUGGCAGACAUCUGGUAUGUUUCGGCCUUUUGUGGAGAUCACCAUGAUCGGUCCUCACCUCAGUGACAAGAAACGCAAAUUCCAGACCAAGUCCAAGAACAACAGCUGGGCACCCAAGUUUGGCGAGACUUUCCAUUUUGUCCUGGGCAAACAGGAUGGAUUCGACUGCUACGAGCUCCAGGUGUCUGUGAAAGACUACUGUUUUGGCCGUGCCGAUCGAGUGGUGGGCUUGACCGUGAUCCAGUUAAGAGACAUCAUGGAUAAGAGCAGCUGCGCCUGCUGGUGCCCGCUGGGUCAGCGCAUCUACAUGGACGACACUGGCCUCACCGCCAUGCGAAUCCUCUCCCAGCGCUCCAACGAUGACGUGGCCAAGGAGUUUGUGAGGCUGAAAUCAGAGACACGCUCAGCUGAGGAGGGCAGAUGAGGACGAAGCGAGGGAAAGGAAGGAUGGAGGGUCUCGACUGAAAUACGAAGAAAGGCAUUUUAUUUGUCAGAGGCAGGGAAUUGUUUGCCGUAGAUGGCCAUCUGAACGUUUUCUUAGACUUUUCGACGUGUCUUAGCUGCUGCUGUUGACUGUUUUGGUGGCGCCUUGCCAAGCUCACCGACACACUGUCACGCUGUCACUCCGGGUAUUUUCACACACUCACUCUCUUGUGUUCCUCAGACGCUCUCACAAUAUUUAACUAGGUAUUGUACAGCACGCAAACACAUAGAUGUUAACUCACUCACCCAUCCGCUUACCAACUUAUCAACUUUUCACCCCUUGGACCCCCUGGUCAGUUGCAGUGAUGCAGUGGAAAUGCCAUAGCCUCAAGGGAACGGAAGAUGCAAACAUGUUCCCACACCUCCCAAGUGUUUUUGUGCAAUACCCCUGUCAACCCGAACCCCUCUACCGUGGCCAUGUGUUUGAUGCCUUACACUCUGCAAACUGUGAAUGUGUGAAGUUGAACGUUUUUUUUCAAUGCUCUUUGCUUUGUGCUGUUAGCUAGUUUCCCCAUUUUCAACAGUCAAUGUGAAUAAUGUUGUUAUUCUUCUCACACAGGGGUGCAAUAUUUUUGGGAAUGAAAAGAUGGAUAAUGAGCAGGUAGUCCAGGUAAUGCUAAGGUCUUAAGCUCUGCAGCCUGUCAGUUUUGCUGAAUGCCGUGAGAGUGACUGAUGCGUCCCACUGGUUUCACUGAAACAAUUCAUCUUGUUUGUUGAGGCAAGGCCGAAAUAACCGUUUAUUUAAACGAUGAAUCAGUUAGAUGUGUGUGCCUUGCUACUGUAUUUACGGUUUCUGUUCAUAACUACAAGAACAGUCAUUCCCAUUUCCCUUUUUCCCAAGGCCUUCCCGGAAACUGCUGGCCAGGAAAGACAAUAAUGAGACAAUCAGAAUGAAGUCCAUGAAGAGUUUGCAUGUAAACUAUCCGUAGACCAAAAUCACAUAAACAAAAGUAAAAGUGGCUGUUACUUACAUAGGGAGAAUCCUGUCUUGGCCAUUCUUAUUUGAUCAUCGUUUGGCCAAUGUGGCCUAACCAUGAUGUAGCUAUUUUAUUUAGGUUUUGUUUUUUUGUUGUUUUUUUUUUAUAAAUAUUUAUUUUGUCUGUUGCUCACUGUUGGAAUCAGACAUGUCUGCCAGAACAGUGUAUUUGAGUAUUUGCACAGCAGCUGCUUUGAAUGAGAAAACUGCAGUUCAGUUCAAGAGUUUCGCUCCAAGAUGAGACAUUAUCCACCCUUUGAAAAACGAAAAAAUGAACCUUACUUAUACAAAUGAAUAGCACAGUUGGUAACUUACACCCAUGACUUACAAAGUGACAGACUUGCCUGUCUAUACUUUAGAGAUACUAAAUGCUGAAGUUCAAGUAAUGAGUUUAUUUUUUUAAUUUUUAUUUUUUUCCCCCAAAUUUUGACUUUUGGAGACAAGCUCUUAAGUUGCUGAGUCAGUGAUGAGUGUAGAAAUUUAUACUUGUGGUUUAUAUAUAUUUUCCUGAUCUGUUUUCUUCUACUGUGUUCCUCUGAGUGGCCUUACUUUGGUGAAAAAAAGCAAAGUCUAUAUAUGUAAUCUGAAUAUUUUUAAUCUUUUUCUGUGUGUGUGUAUGUACAUGCGUGUGUGUGUGUGUGUGUGUGUGUGUGUGUGUGUGUGUGUGUGUGUGUGUGUGUGUGUGUGUGUAUCCCUUUUGUCUCUCCGCAAUGAGGACUGGUCACUUUGCCCGCAAAUGAUGUCAAAUAAGUUUUUCUUAGUGAUGUUCCUUAUUAUUAUUUUGUACUUUUAUCUUAAAUGACACUCAAAACUUUGUAACAAAGUGUAGGCUGGGUUUUCUUUGUAAUCCAUUGUGUUUGUGUUAUGUUUUAUCUGAUAUUCUGUAAAACAAAUGUCACCUCUUCCUCUUCCGUAGUUUGAGAUGGUGUCAGUCGCUGUAUUGUGAGAUCCGUUUUCAGUUUUGUGGACAAGAGUGAUCUGCAGUGCUGUGUGCCAGUGAACUCCUUCGUAAAUGAUGGGGAAAUGUCUACAUGUCACUUCUAAGGACGACAUUGAUAUUGCUAUGGGAAAAAAAAAAAAAUCUGCACAUUUUUAAACUCUUCUAAAGUCAUUCUUGUUACAGUACAUCAACCUUUGUGAAUAAUUUGUAUCUUAGCGGUUCCUGAGGGCAAAUGUUCAUAGCCAUUCUGUAAUAUACAUGUUCCUUGUGCCAAGUUGCAGGUGUUCACUUUUGAUCUUUUUUGUUUUGUUUUGUUUUGGUUUUUUUUAUUGCAUCUUUUUCUAAUCUUGUGAACCCUUGCACUAUCUCUAACUCACCACAAUAUUUAGCACGUAUGGUAUAUCAGUCAAAGUAACUGCAUUUCUGUGGUGUUUUCUUUGUAUUAUCACUAUUCAGAAAUGGUAUUGAGCAUUAAAAUGUCAACAUUACGAUUCAUGAAUUUUGUAUAAAGUAUUUGAAAAGUA